UCAACGUCUCUAUCAACAAUUCAUGAUUGAUUACGAGACACUCAACCACAUUACGAAGGCAUCAUUCAUCUCCAGUCAUCGCUCACAUUUUCACCUGACACAUCACGGUGUUCUCAAGCCGGCCAGUAUUACAACGAAACUGCGGGUGGUUUUCAAUGGCUCUAGCGCAUCCACAUCAGGCUACUCGGUCAACUACCUCAUGUACACUGGAGCAAAGCUACAUCUGAACAUCUCAGAUGUUCUACCUAGGAUACGUAGACAUCGUCACAUUUUCGCUACGGACAUCACCAAAAUCGACAGACCGAUUCAGAUUCACAAGGAUGACUGGGAGUUACAGCGGAUACUCUGGAUGGACAAUCAGCUCAAUGAGGUGCCAUAUCAUUCAACAACGGGCACUUACGGGACGAAGGUCGCACCAUUCUCAGCCGAGGUCGCACAUCAACUAAGGGGCCUCUGCAUGGCGGGCGGCUUCCCACUAGCAAAAUGGCAUGCAACUCAUCUCGACAUACUCAAGACUGUCACCGACAGCGAAGACCAAGGCUCACAAAUCACCUUCGACGAUUGUGCAACCAAGAUACUCGGACUCAAAUGGCUCCCUCAAGAAGAUACCUUUGCAUUCUCAACCCGAAGCUCACGCUCGGAAGGCAGACCCACAAAACGCCUCGUUUCAUCUGAAGUGGCUCAGAUGCUCGAUCCACUUGGUUUUGCAUCACCUGUCGUGAUCAAGGCCAAAAUUCUCUUGCAGGAGCUGUGGCUGCACAAGCUCCAAUGGGAUGAUCCACUGCCAUCCCAGCUCUCAGCCCGGUGGCUCAUCAUCAGAGAAGAACUCACAAGCCUGGCCAGGCUCUCAAUACCUCGGUGGCUCAACACAUGGAGCGACUCGCAAGUGGAACUUCAUGGAUUCUCUGAUGCUUCUCAAUUGGCAAUGGCUGCAGUCAUAUACAUCUCCGUUCACGACUCAAACGGCGCCACGUUCUCACUUGUGUGCUCCAAGACUAAGGUAGCACCUCUCAAGCGGCUCUCAAUCCCGCGACUUGAACUCACGGCUGCUCUUCUGCUCUCUCGGCUCAUGCAAUACGUCACAGCCACUUUGAACAUGGACGUAACGGCAACUCACUGUGGACGGACUCUCUAGUGACACUCUCGUGGAUCAGAUCUCAUGCAUCACGCUGGAAGGAUUUUGUCAGGAACAGGGUGGCUCAAAUUCAAGAACUCACUCCAGCUGCUCACUGGAGAUACAUACCUGGAACUUCCAAUCCGGCUGAUUGCGCAUCACGAGGCCUCACGACUGCUCAACUUCAAGGUCAAUCACUUUGGUGGACGGGACCACCAUGGAUACUCAAACCAGACUCAUGGCCGUCGCAACCAGCACUCUCUGACGAGAUGAGUGCAACAGAAGCUCGCCCAGGCGUUUCGCUAUUGACGGUUACGCCAAGGGCUGAAUAUCAAUGGGAGCUCAUCUACAGGUACUCAAACCUCACUAAA